AUUGGAUUGCAUUGUCAUUAAAACUAAAUGUGCUAUCCAAAUUUCAGAUCAAUCUGUCAACAGAUUGUCAACAAACAGAAUUUAAGUUUACGAGUUUCUUCAGCUCUGAGAGCUCCUCCCUGUCAACAAAUGUUUUAUGGGAGAAACCUUACCACCUAAUCUUUCUCCAUUCAUAGAUAAAGACCGUGAUCAACAGUACAUACCUCCUGAGGCCAGAGCACUCUAUGACGAAUCCCAACUGGAACAACAGCAUAAGCGAGAUGAACUAAUAGAAGAUGGUAAAGUGGUUGAAGAUGAUGGGGAAGAAAGGGAUGACGGUAAUCAAGAGAAAAAAAGUCAUGUUGAUCCAGAUGGCGAGAGUGAUCAAGAGGAAAAUAUUGAGAGCUCUCCAAGGAAAUCAAAAAUGUCCGUCAGUAUUGGCGAAAUGUAUAAAGAAGUUCCUUGGGAAAAAAUAGACAAGAACGGCAGGAAUACUGUUUGAGGGAGAAGAUGGUAAAGAAGAAACACAAAAAAUUAUAUAACAGCAUGAUAUAGGGCAAAAAGGAUAGCUAAAGAUACAUUCAGCACUAGUGAAUAAAAGUUUAUUUUUGAAACUGGGGGAUACUCAUAAAUAACUGAAUGAAUGACUAAUGUUUUUUCACUACCUAUUCAUUCAUUGGUUAUUAUCAUGAACAUCUUGGUAAUGUUUUUAAAGAUGAUGUGCAUAUAACAGAUAUUAGGGGCUCCUAGUUAAAAUAAGGAUUAUUCAUUAUUAUUAUGUAAGAAAAACUGUCACUGGUCAGCUCCAUUUAAAAUGG